CCAAGCCUGAAGAACUAUAAGUAGAGGCUUAAAUCACGCCAUCGGACCCCAUUAUGUCCUCAUCUUCUGAGUCUCUCAUUGCCCACACCCUCACUUAAGCUUAACCUGUGACCCGAGUCCCCGUCCACUGGUCGUCAAUCCAGCGAUCCAGCUGCGCGAUCGAUCUAAUCAAUCAAUCUGCCAACAAUUUACCCAAACACCAAACCAAAAGCACCAAUAAACCCCCUCCUAAAAGUCAACAAAAUGACCAAAACCAACCCCAGAGGCCAGCAACGCCUCCUCCUCGUCAGCGUCCCGCGCACCGCCUCGAACCUGCUGCUCAAAGUCCUCAACAUCCACGAGCAACCCACCCUCUCCACCAACAGCAAAGGCGGCUACUUCUUCUUCGACGCCUUCACAGCUGCCGCGCAGAGCAGCGUCCUGACCACCCCGCCCGCCGUCUGGCCCCCAUCCACCGUGGCGCACGUCCGCUCCGUCUUCCAGUCGUGCUUCGACGCGCUCGAGGCCUUCUCUGCCGAGGCAGCCAGCAAUGGCCAACGCGCCUUCGCCAAAGAACACGCCUUCUGGUUCGCCAACCCAGCCUCCUUUCACUCGACGGACCCAGACGACUCGGCCUCGGACCACGAGGACAGAAGCGCAGCGGACGAGAACCUCUUCCGCCUGCCCCUGCCCGCCACCUACGGCCCGACCGCCACGUUUUCGCAUGGCAACGAAACCAUCUUCCCCGACGAGUACCUCCGCUCCUGGCGUCUGGCCUUCAUUAUCCGGCAUCCGGCCCUCGCCUUCCCGAGUUUCUAUCGCGCGAUGCGCAAGGUUGGUGAGACGGGGUAUCUGGUUGACGACGAGGAGACGCUGCGCGGCACGCUGGCGACGAAUAUGUCCCUGCGCUGGACGAGGGGGUUGGUUGAGUGGUGUCUUCGACAGAAGCCGGGGGAGGAGGUGCUGCUGCUCGACGCGCAUGAUCUCAUCCAUGAGCCGGCGGCGGUGAGGCGGUUCUGUCAGUUGGCAGGGUUGGAUGAGCGGGUGGUCAAGUGGGAGUGGAGCGUGGGCGAGCCGCAUCAGCGCAGGGGCAAGAAGGAGGAGGACGAGGGGCUUCUGACCCAGGAGCAGCGGGAUUAUUAUGCGGCGGCCAGGAUUAUGUUGUCGACGUUGGAGGGGUCGUCUGGCGUGAUGAAGGAGAAGACGCCCGCGGCGGUAGAUGUCAGGGCGGAGGUAGUGAAGUGGAGGGGGGAGUUUGGGGAGGAGGUUGCGGGCAUGCUGGAGCGCGCGGUGGAGGAGGCGAUGCCGGAUUAUGAGUUUCUCAGGGCGAAGAGGGUGAGGGGUUGAGGGUUGAGGUUGCAGAGGCCUUGAUUGUCGUGGCAUCAUAAAUGUGCAGAUUGUAUACGCUGGUUUAGAUUGUAUCCUGAUAAAGGUAUAUAGUAUAUCAAAGACUUUUG